AUGUCAUCAACUCUUCCUCUUGAAGUCCUUUCAAUUAUUGCUGAUUCCCUUAAUACCGAAGAGAAACUUGCUUGCUCAUGCGUCUGUAAACAUUGGACUAAAAUUUUUCAAAUUGCGGCAUGGAGUUCGAUCGAGAUAGAUUCAUUUGUCAUUCAAUCGAUCAAAGAACAAUCAUCUGGAGAGAAAUCAAUAUACCAAAAGAAUGGAAAAUAUGUCAAGAAAAUUAACUUGGAUGAAUAUGUCGAAGUACAAACCUCUGAAUGGCAGGUCCUUCAACGAGAGUUUCCGAAUAUACGCUAUAUUUCUGUUCCGCACAACGUCCUCGAAAAGUUUUCAUUUAAAGGUCUUUCAAACUGGGACGCCUGGACUGCCUUACAAACCGCAGUCUUUUACCUCGAUCAAGAAGGACCUACUGUAUCAGAAAAUUUCAUCAGCGACCUUUCCAUUUUACCUUCCUUGAAGCGAUUGGAGAUUAUUCCUAUCGAUAACGACGGAAUGGAAUUAAGAAUUGACGUAUUCGAGGCCAUUCAAGAGCGCGCGCCACUUCUCGAGUACCUGAAAAUAAAAGGGAACUUCGUUCCUUUCAACUUCUCUGAUAUGGCUGCCAUGGCAUUCGCCCCUCCUGCAGACAAUGUAAAAGAAAUUACGCUCGAUUGUACUCACAUGGAUCCACACUGGCUUUUUUACUUUGGUAUAAAGUACCCAAAUGUUCGUAAAAUCCUAGUGUCAACUGAAUCCAGCCUUAUACCCAGAGGGUUAUUCUGUGAUAUAACAUCACUUUCUGCUUACAAAGAUCAUGCAUUUUCCCAUCUGGAAGUCAUGGCCGUAAAUUCCAGUGAAGAUAUCGGCGAUUCACCCUUUUGUUUUUGGAACAUGCUUGCUCGUUGUAAUAUUCCGCUUAAGCGUCUGGCUUACAAACUAGACAGCCCAAAAGCAGCCUCUAGCAGGAAUUCCGCGAAAGCUGUGCAAUUAGCAAUUGACAUAUUCUCAAAGACAAUCAAAGAGAUGCACAUAUCAUGUUUUCUGGGGUGGGAGGACACCUCGUUCAAGCCCAUAAGAUUUGGCACUUGUUCAAAUCUGGUGCUUUUGCACAUUGCCGGUCAAUUCGAGAUUGAAUUGGACAUGCUCUUGGACAACUGUGAAGCUUUAAGAAAUAUCUCAUUUGUCGAUUCAAAAAUCACUGAACAUUUAGCUGGUACCUCACCGGAAAAGCUACACAAUCUAACUGAGAUCUCAUUUAACUCAGUGGAUCUUUAUGACAAAACACUCAGCUACAUAUCUAGCCGUUGUAGAAAGCUUCAGACUUUGUGUAUAUACAAUUCCAACAUAACCGGAAUGAUAUCCCCAGAAACCGGGGCUUUUCUCAUUGACAUGCAUCACACCCACCUUAAGUACCUUCAUUGGUGUGGCAACGACAUUUGCUCGAUGAAUAGCUAUCCAAAUGUCGUUGCUAGUAUUCAUACUACAGCAAUUCAACAACGUGCUCACCUACCUGUACUCGAUGAGGAAUCAGACAAUAAUACCAAAGGGGAGGACAAACCAUCAGUAUAUAAUGAUGAUGAAGAAGAGGAAGAGGAAGAAGAUAUAGAUAUAACCUGGAUUCACGACUAUAUAAUUGUGAAUGGAUUAAGAGAUACAGCACAUCACAGACGAGUCUUGGAUGAAGAUGAAAUCAGAAUUGCCAAGGAUUACUUUAGAAACUUCCAAGCUAGAAGGGAGGCCGAGACUCCGAGCGGAUCUGAUGGUGUUAAAGAAUACUUUGAUUCCAUGCUCGCCUUAUUUGAUAAAGAAUCAUCCUGUCAUCCGGACAUGAUGUGGAAUAGAAGAGUCAUUAGAGAAGACUGGAAAAAAGAUCUUUAUCGCGGAUACGCUAAACUUCUACUCGGAAGCCUGGACGAAUAUGAAGUUGAAGAAAGUAUGGUCUGUGAUCACAGGAAAUAUGAUUAUCCUACUUUUUUAGAAUGUGAAUAUACGAAUGAAUAA